GAGCUGCGGAGCGGGUGCUUCUGGCGCGGGGUGCUGGCGGAGGCAUCGGCGACGCUCAUCUUCGUGGGGGUGGUGCUGGGCGCCUCGGCAGCCCCCGGGGCCCUGGCGCCGGCGCUGGCCGGGGGGCUGGGGGCCGGGGCGCUGGGCCGGCCCCUCCGGGGGCCCCCGGCCACACCCGGGCCGUUCUCAGGGGGCAGCAUGAACCCGGCGCGCUCGCUGGGGCCAGCCAUUGUCACCGGCAUCUGGGACGACCACUGGGUGUACUGGCUGGGGCCGGUGCUGGGUGCGGUGCUGGCCGGGCUCUCCUACGAGUUUGUCUUCGCCCCCGGCGCCUCCCGGGAGAAGCUGAUGGUGAACCUGACGCAGCCGGCUCUGCUCUGCUUUGGCAAAGUGCCGCCCGAUGCCGCCUCCCGGCACCACUUUCUCCAGGUCCUGUCCUACCUCCAGGCCUACAAAGAGGCUUUCGCCAGUGAGAAAGUUUUCGGGGUGCUCAGCGAGAAGCUCUACAACCUGCUGCAGCUGGACUGGGAGCAGCGGCAGGAGGAGGACACGCUGCUGAUCGAGAGGAUCCUGCUGCUGGUGCGCAAUGUGCUGCACGUCCCCCCGGACCCCACGGAGGAGCAGGGCGUGGAUGGCGAUGCCAGCGUGCACGACCGGGUGCUGUGGGCACUGCACAUCAGCGGGAUGGACGACCUGCUCAAGUUCCUGGCCAGCGCCCAGGCGGAGCAGCAAUGGGCCUUGCACGUCCUGGAGAUCAUCUCCCUCAUGUUCCGUGACCAGAGCCCAGAGGAGCUGGCGGCGCUGGGGCAGGGGCAGGCGGCUGCCGAGCACGGGGAGGACACGCGGGAGCUGCAGCCCCUGCGGCAGCGGGAGCUGGCAGAGAAGAGGGCUCGCGCACUGCAGCGCCCAUCCAGCCCCGAAACCGAGCCCCCCCGCCGCUCUGCCCGCAACGUCCGGCUCUUCCUGCGCCGCUUCUGCCAGGACUUCCUGGAGGGCUGCUACAACCGCCUGAUGCUGCUGGUCAAGGACCAGCUGGUGCGGGAGAAGGCUCAGCAGCACGACGAGACCUACUACCUGUGGGCCACCGCCUUCUUCAUGGCCUUCAACCGCCGCCAGGGCUUCCGCCCCGAGCUGGUGUCAGAGACGGUGGGCGUCCGCGCCUUCCACUUCAUCGAGCAGAACCUCACCACCUACUACGAGAUGGCGCUGAUGGACAAGAAGGAGGCGGCGACCUGGGCCCGCAGGAUGCACCUGGCCCUGAAGGCGUACCAGGAGCUGCUGCGGACAGUGCAGGAGAUGGACCGGUCCCCCGAGCAGGCAGUGCGGGACAGCAGCCAGGUCAUCAAGAGCAACAUCUUCUACCUGAUGGAGUACCGGGAGCUCUUCCUCGCCCUCUUCCGCAAGUUCGACGAGACCAAGCAGCCGCGCAGCUUCUUGCGGGACCUGGUGGAGACGGCCCACCUCUUCCUCCGCAUGCUGGAGCGCUUCUGCCGGGGCCGCACCAGCCUCGUGGUGCAGAGCAAGCGUGUACGGAGGAGGAAGAAGCCACAAGUGCCUGCAUCCCUCGCCCCACAGCCGCCCAGCACCACGGAGCUGGAGGAGCUCUGGGCAGGAUUGGCCCCGCAGCUGCAGGCCUGCCUGCAGGGUGAGGCGCCCCUCCCGGAGGACGUGGUGCCCUUCGACGCCGCCUCGGAGACGCCGGUGGAGGAGCAGCGCGCGGAAGCUCUGCUGCGGAUCCAGGGGUGCCUGUGGGACGCCCAGGCUCCCCAGGCCCUGCGGUUGCUCCGGUCUGCCAGGGACGUCUGGCCCGAAGGGGACGUGUUCGGACCCCUUGACGCGGAGCCGCCCGAGGAGACCCAGCUGCUGCGGGAGAUCCUCUUCGCUCCCCUGCCCCGGCACGCACCCCCCGAGGCCAAGGAGCCGGAAGAAGAGGAAGAGGAGGAUGAGGAAGAGGAGGAAGAGACUGUGCAGGUCUCAGAGAAGGAGUUCAACUUCCUUGACUACCUGAAACGGUUCGCCUGCGCCCCCGUGGUCCGGGCGCUCGUGCUGCUGCUGCGGGGGUAUGCCCGCAACAGCCCCCGCACCAACCACUGCGCCGCCCGCCUGCUGCACCGCCUGGCCCGUGACCUGCACAUGGAGGCCCUGCUCUUCCAGCUCUCCCUCUUCGCCCUCUUCCACCGCCUCCUCAGCGAUCCCGCCGCCGGCGCGCACCAGGAGCUGGUGGCGUUGGCCAAGUUCAUCCUGGGCAAGUUCUUCGCGCUAGCAGCCACCAACAAGAAGGCCUUCGUGGAGCUGCUCUUCUGGAAGAGCCCAGCGGCCGUCCGUGAGAUGACCGAGGGCUACAGCUCCCUGCGGGAGGGAGAGGGGGCUGGCAGGAGCCGGGUCCCCCCCUGGACCCCCCAGGAGGAGCAGGAGCUGCGGGAGCUGUACUGGAAGUACAAGGAGGUGGAAGGUGAGGACGUCAUUGCCGUCAUCCUGGCCCAUCUCCCAGCACCCGGGCGGACGCGGAGGCAGGUGGUGAAGCAGCUGGUGCGGCUGGGGCUGGCCAGCAGUGCCAAGGACUUCCCGCAGGAGAGGAAGGGCACCCGCCUUGUGCUGUGGACGCAGGAGCAGGAGGAGGAGCUGGCGCGGCUCUUUGAGGAGUUCCAGGGCUCAGAAGACGUCCUGGGGAACAUCAUGAAGCACCUGACGGCGCGGCGGUCGCGGGCUCGCGUGGUGGAGAAGCUGCUGGGGCUGGGGCUGGUGUCGGAGCGCAAGGAGCUGUACAAGAAGCGCCGGAGGAAGGGCCACAGCCCUGGGCCGGGUGCGGCAGGCGCCCCAGCAGUGCCAGCCCAGGACAGCUCGGCAGAGGAUGGGGACAGUGAGGAGGAGGAGGAGGAGGAGGAUGAAGCAGAGGAAGACCCCACGGAGGAGCACUGGGCGCCCGAGGAAGGGGCAGGGCAGGGCCUGGCGCAUCGUCUGUAUCGGGAAGGCCUGGCCAGGCCCCUGCGGUGGCUGGAGACCUGCCUGAGGAGGACGGCUGGGGACCGCGAGGAGGACGCCCGGGCCCUGCUGCGGCGGCUGGGUCUCCGCCCCCCCGCCAGUGAGCAGGAGUCCUUCUGGCGCAUCCCGGCUGCCCUCACCCCGCAGCAGCUCCGCCGUGCGGCCGCCUCCAUCGCCCACCGUGGCCCCGACCCCCCGGGGUCCCCCCAGGGGCCGCUGGAGCCACCCGGGUGCCCCCAGGACCCCGCUCCAGCAGCAGAGCAGCUGCCGGCAGGGCUGGGAUCGGACUCGGAGAGCGAGGAGCCCGUCCCCGUCCCCAGCCCGGUGCAGCCAGGCACCAAGAGGCGACGGGAGCUCGACAGCGAGGAUGACGGGAGCUCAGGCGCAGAGCCAGGACCCGCAGCCUCCCGCUCCCAGGAGGAGGAGGACGAGGACCUGCAGCCCCUGGGGAGGCGGAAGCGCGUCCGCCGCGUGGAGGAGGAGGAGGAGGAUUGA